AUGGAUUGUCUUGUCCACGGUAUCGUUCAUGACACCAUUGAAUUCGUUCAAAACAUUAUCACAACAGAAAUGAACUCGGCCACUGACAACCCGCUGGUAUUCGCCGAACGUGAAGAGAUUAUUUCUGGUGGUAAUUUCCAUGGAGAGUAUCCGGCCAAGGCACUUGACUAUUUGGCCAUUGCCGUCGCUGAAUUGGCACAGAUGAGCGAACGUCGACUGGAACGUUUGGUGAAUAAAGAACUGAGCGGAUUGCCUACGUUCCUUACGCCUGAAGGAGGUCUAAACUCUGGACUGAUGACCGUACAGCUGUGUGCUGCCAGCCUCGUUUCUGAAAAUAAAGUCCUAUGCCAUCCAUCGUCAGUGGACAGCAUUCCGACCAGUUGCAAUCAAGAGGACCAUGUCAGUAUGGGAGGAUUCAGUGCCCGAAAGGCAUUGACUGUCGUUGAACAUGUGGAAGCUGUACUCGCUAUGGAAUUGAUGGCUGGCUGCCAAGGACUUGAAUUCCUCAAGCCACUCGUCUCUACAGCUCCACUCAACAAGGUCUAUCAGUUGGUUCGCACUGUUUGCGCACCUCUAACCGAGGAUCGCUUUAUGCAACCUGAAAUCGAGGCUAUCGUCUGGGAAUGUGUACAGCCGCAUCUGAAGACCCUGAGGGAGAUGGAGGAGUUGGAUCCGGAUGCUCUUCGUACGGAUGCCAAGACACCAACUGGUAUUGUGAUGUCAGAAAGGCUCGAGACCCCGGCAUUGGAUUCAAAUGGGUCCGAUGAGCAUUCUGAUCAUGAACAGUGCCAUUGA